UUUCAGUGACCACAUAGUUUUAGAAUGCAAUCCAAAACAAAAAAGCAAAAAGGCAACUGAAGAGCACUCUCUUGAAGUUAUCUACAGGAAUUCUUCUGAAGUUGUGUUGAAUUCUGGAGGUUAGCAGGGAGUACCAACCCAGUCCUUUUUUUUUUUCUUGAAGCAGAAUUUCUCCCUUUCUCCAUGGUAGGCCCCAGGCUUACUUGCUAUGUUGUAGCCUUUUUUUGCAGGCCAUAACAGCAGAUUUAGACCCUGGUUUAGUACUUUCAGCUUUGGUGUGGGACUAUAGACAGUUGCCUGCCAUGGAGGCCCAAGACAUAGCUCAAUCUCUCAGGGCCCCUAAAUGCUCACGCUGCCGGAACCAUGGCUUUGUGGUGCCGGUGAAGGGCCAUGCAGGCCACUGCCGCUGGAAGCAGUGCCCGUGUGAGAAAUGUGCUCUCAUUACUGAACGCCAGAAGAUCAUGGCUGCACAGAAGGCCUUGAAGAGACAGGGACCAGACUCCCCACCCGGGGAAAUAAUGCCACCUACUCAGUGCAGCCCCAGUGAUGAACAAGUGGCAACCACAUCUGGCAGUAGAAAGGGCUCAAGACUGAAUACUUCAGUUCCCCACCCUCAGGGGUCUGUUGUGCAUGAAGGAGCCAAGGUGUCUUCAGCAAUUAACCACUGUGCCAGAACAGGGACCAGCCGGACACCACCCAAACCCAGCUCUCCCACCUUCAUAGAUUUAGACCAUCCUACUUUGCCUCAAGAAUGUGCUGCUGUGUGCCCGGAAUUUGUGGAGAGAGAGCCUCCCAAAGUGUAUCCUGGGUACUCUGGGAUGUACCCUUAUCCAUUUUCUGUGGGAUUCACUAUCAACCAACCAGGCUACAGAGCCCCUUCACCUGCCUCCAUUUUACCCCUGCAAACAGGUUUCAGGCACUUUCCUAGCAGUCAUGGGCCAGGGAGUGUUGCUUCUAUGCCGAUGCAAGAUGCAGGUGGAGAUUUUCGGCCAGGUUACUACACUCCAUUAACACCUUUUAUACCCCGGGGCUUUCUGCCAGGGAUUCACUACAUUCCGCCACCUCUCCCAUUGAAUGUUGUGACUGAAGCUACAAAGGAAACAUCUGCUGCCACUGCAGAUAGCCAAGAUUCUGGAGUGGCAUGUGAACACAGCCAGCCAUCUUCUCAAGUUAUCACUGAAGAAUGUUCUUCAUAUUUUAAGCAUUAAAUGUACUAAGAGUCCAUGCUGAAAUGCUGUGCCUUGCUGAAAAGCAUUGUUUUGUUUUGGGCUAGACUGCUAUUAGUCAUAUAGGUCAGUAUUCAAGUUGUUAUGUUCACAACUGUUGGUAUUUCAUGUCCCAUCCACACAGUAAUUUCUUCUAUUCAGUGCUUUAGUGCCAAACUGGAAAUUUAGAAACUUUCACUGUCACCUUCUGAUACACAGAUGGACAGGAGAAUAGUGCAGGCUCAACUCGGGAUUCAUGAAAAUCGUGGGAGAUCAAAUGUGCUCAAUAAGUACAUCUGAUCCCCAAAUAAAGUUUUUUUCUUGUCAUACCUUAACACUGCCUCCCAGCCUGUGACUUUGAAAGCAAAUAUUCUAGACUUUCUAGCUUUUGUUACCUGCUUCUGUUUUGUGCCUUUAACAGCAGUCUGCUAUAUAGAUAUUAGCAGGUGAUAAUGCUUUUCUCCAUCGCUUGAAAACCUUCACUGGUUGAUUCUUCUGUAUUAAGCUAGUGUUAAAACUGCAAAAACAGGCUAAUUCUUUUUCUGAUAAGUUGGCAAUCCUAACCAAGUCUGGUGUUAGAGCAAUGUAUUUCUUUCCAAGGUCAGAGGACCUGUGGACAGAAGGGCCAGAGACGUUUUAUGCUCCAAUGGGCAUCAGGGCUGCAUUACACACAUUUGUGGUAAAUUGCAGGAAGAAAUUAACAAGAGGAAAUUAUAGGGAAAUUUUCACCUAUUGAAUUUGCCUUUCAUACAACUGAUAAUGAUACAGAAUCUGACUGUUGUGGUUCAUCAGUUGAGAUCAAUUUGAGAUAGAAAGUUAACAAUUAUCACUAGCUAUGAUUAAGUCUAGUCCCUUGUGUUCAGUGUUUGAAUGUGUGUUAUUUCUGGAUGUUUUUCCUAAAAAGAAAAAAGAAAAAGCUGGAUUUAAAUGUCAACAAUUAAAUGUAUAGACUCUGGGCUGAGCUCCAUAUUUCCUGCAAAUGCUCCUCCCUCUGCCCUGAAAAAAACAGCUUUAGCAGGAUCCAUUUGAGUAAAUAAGCAGGAAGUGUGGAAGGGUUUUUAACCUCUUUAACCUCCCAUUUUUUCUGCUUGAAAUGCUCCCUCAAGCUGCUUUGUCCUCCCCCACUGGCAACCAUGUUUGCCUGCAUUUGGAACCCCAUAUUGAAGGGGGAGACUGCUUGAGGAUGGUGAUAUGGACCAGGAAAAAUGGCCAAUUGGGAAAUGGCUAAUUUUCUACUUGCUGCUUCUCCACUGUAAAUGGGUUCUUCUCAAAUCUGUUUUUAUUUGGAAAAGCUAACCUUGGGCUUGAAUUAUAUGUAUUUAUAUAUAAUGUGCAGUUUGUUGCUAAAUUAACCAAUGAACAGGUGAGGGAAAGAGAUCCUUUGUUUGUAUAAUAGGAAAUAGAUAUAUAUUAGGUGACCUCAAGCGCUACCUGCUGAAAUUCCUUCUAUAUAGUUAUUAAAGAUAAAGGAGCCCUGUCCUCUAUACCAUCUGCUAAUUCACCUGAAGCGGUGUACAACUUGAGAGUACAAUGGUACAUUGUUAUGUCUGUUCAGUAGACCCCCAAGUGCAUCUUUUCUACAAACGGUUAAUGUGUCUACUCACUAGUCCCAUCAGUCCAGCCCCCAGCAUACUCUAGAGGUCAUGCCCAGUCUCCCUAGGCUACAUGCUGUUCCCCAUCGCUGAUAUUGAAAAUGACUUCAGAAGGUGAGAUGGGAUUGCUAGGGGGUGGGGCAGACCUGGCGAAGCAAGAAGAGUUGGGUCUCUUUCUGAACUGCCAGCUCACUUAGUUUCCUCACUGUGCACUGAGAAAAAAAAGAGAAGUUGUUUAUGUAAUUGCUUGAUGUUACUUAGCCAAAACCAGAGGCAACAACUAAGGAAGAGCAAGAAAAACAUCUGCACUAAUAACUUGAUUGCUCUCUAAUUACUCAGUCUUUACUUUGGAAAAAAGUAGCAUCCCUGCAAGGAAAGGCAUGGUUCUUACCUGAUAAAGUCUAACUUUAUAAUAAAUCAGGUGCAAUAUUUGGACGAGGAUGAACAACAGCAUUCCACUUUAAUUACUGUUUUCUGUUAUAAAAAAAACGAGUUACUAAUGUCA